AUGUUCGGCCUUGGCCGCGACGGCGAAGCGGCCCGAGACGCCGCAUCAUCAGACUACGAUGAUAGCAAUCAAGCCGAUGCUGCGGUUCUGGUCCUGCGACGGAGCUUCAACCAAUUUCACAACUUCGCCACGACGUUCGCUGCUCUGUACUUCAUCGGCGGAGUGCGUGUCACCUUUUCUACUGGUAUUGCCGCCGGUGGUAACUUGGCCUACUGGUCAAGUUACAUUGUUACGUGCGUCUUCACCUUCAUCACCGCCGCCGUCGUGGCCGAGAUCUGCUCCUCUCUGCCCCUCGCCGGGUCCAUCUAUCUCUGGGCCGCCGAGGCUGGUGGUCCUAGAUUUGGCAGGUUGUUUGGCUUCGUCGUCGCCUGGUGGAGUACCACCGCCUGGACCACUUUCUGUGCCAGCAACACGCAAUCUGCCGUCAACUACAUGCUCUCGGAAAUCGUCGUCUUCGACGCAGACUUCCCCUCCGACUCGACCAGCGUCAAGUUCCGUGCCGUCCAGUGGAUCUGCACGGAGAUCAUGCUUGCCCUUGCCGCCAUCUGGAACCUGCUUCCUCCCCGAUACUUCAAGUGGAUCUUCACCUUGUCCUGCGGCAUCGUCAUCCUCGACUUCGUCCUGAACCUGAUCUGGCUCCCCAUCGCCACCAGCAACACCAUCGGCUUCCGCACCACCCACGACGCCUUCAUGACCACAUACAACGGCACCGGCGCCCCGGACGGUUGGAACUGGUGCCUCUCCUACCUGGCCACCGCCGGCAUCCUCAUCGGCUUCGACGCCUCCGGACACGUGGCCGAGGAGACCAAGAACGCCUCCGUCGCCGCCGCGAGGGGCAUCUUCUGGAGUACCGUCGUCAGCGGGCUCGGCGGCUUCGCCGUCGUCAUCCUGUUCCUCUUCUGUGUCCCUGAUGCCGAUACCUUCUUCUCAUACGGUGGCCCUCAGCCAUUCGUAUCGGUGUAUGCUGCCAUCCUGGGAGAAGGGGGUCACGUUUUUAUGAAUAUCAUCUGCGUCCUGGCCCUCUGGUUUAACACCGCCAUCGCCGUGCUCGCCGCCUCACGGCUGGUGUUCGCCGUCGCGCGCGACGGCGUGCUCCCGUGGUCGUCGUGGGUCUCUCGCGUCGUCGACGGCCAGCCCCGCAACGCCGUCCUGGUGGUCUGGGGCGUGGCGGCCAUCAUCACCUGCACCAUCCUCCCAUCCGCCGUGGCCUUCACGUCGCUGGUGUCGGCCGCCGGCGUGCCCUCGGCCGCGGCCUACGGCCUCAUCUCCCUGUCGCGCCUGCUCCUGACGCCCAAGCGCUUCCCCAAGCCGGCCUGGAGCCUAGGCCGGCUCAGCAAGCCGUUCCAGGCCAUCGCCGUCCUCUGGAACGGCUGGGUCGUCGCCGUCCUGUAUUCUCCCUACGUCUUCCCGGUCACGGGCGAGUCCCUCAACUACGCCCCCAUCAUCAUGGCCGGCACCACCAUCUUCGCCCUCGCCUCCUGGUGGUUCAUACCCGCCGAGAAGUGGCUGCCCAGCCAGAGGAUACAGCAGACCCUGGACGCCGACGAGAAUGCCGACAAGGCCGACGAGGCUGUCUCGGCCCAACCGGAUGGUACCGGGACCUAA